AUGUCCCACCAGCGGGCCGCGGCGUGGCCAGCCGCCGUGGUCGCGUCCGUCUUCGCUGCCUUCAUCCCAUACUCCUCAGGGUUCCAGUUCACGGUCGACUCUAGCACUGUCACACAAUGUGGUCCGACAUUGUUCAACUUUACAGACGGCACGCCUCCGUACUCCAUCACUGCUCAUGGUGUAUUUGGACGCACAGUGGUAGUCAGCGUCCCCCAGAAUGAGACCGAGACUGUCAACGGCUACAAUAUCUGGUCAUGGGACCUACCCUUCGGCACCGGCGCCAACGUCCUCUUCGUCAUGAACGACGCCACUGGGAAUGCGACAGGCGGCGCAUCGCCCCAAUACCAAGUGGCGGCACCAGUGUCAGAUGCUUCUUGCACGCUGGCACCGCCUGGGGGAGAUUUCUGGUUUGAAAUCUUCCCUCCAGGCGACAACCUCACUUCAAAGCCCAUCACAUUCCCAGUGACUGUAUUCGGAGUCGUACCAGCCGGCGAGGUGAUUACGUUCGCGUCGGAGGGCGCUGACCUCUGGGUCGCAAUCCCGGUGGACUGGGAACCGGGCACAAGUAUGGUGUUUGCGCUCAUUGAUGGCACUGGCCGUUCGGGCGGCGUAUCCAACCCACAGAGCGUGGGUGUCCAGUCUGACGUCAAGUGUCCCUCCAACACGACGUUCUGGACGUUGACGUCGGCCCAGUGGCCGCCUACCAGCAGCGCCGAUACGCCAGUGGGCGCGAUUGUCGUCGCUGCUACGCACCCGUCCAAUUACCGUCCAAACGUGGGGCAUGAAGGAGUCACUUCUGCCACAAUAGCAGGGGCAGCCGUCGCUGGCGUCGCUGGUAUCGUGCUCGGCGGCCUGGCAUUCCUCAUGAUCCGCCGCCGCCGCCGUACGACUCGCGAACCGGCUCCAUGGAGCAGCCCCGGCAUCGAGUUCCAAGACGACACUGCAAGCGCUCGCCGACCCCUCAUGGCCAGCGUUGCCACCGACGACGGCUCGAUGGCCAUGACUCCAUUCCCAACCGCGGACUGGGGCGACAUGUAUGCCUGGAGGUCAAGUUCAUCCACGUCCCGUACCAUGAGUGAUACCCUCAGCGACAACAACUUGUACCUCUCGCCAGGCCAGCGCCGGUCGAGUUUCGACCAACGCCAAAGCCCCGACCACCACCCCUUACAGCCACAGCUUACCCGCGACAGCUGCGAGGCGGCGCCGUACGAAUCGCCCGAUUGGCAGCAGCACGGCGGCGACUUGAGGGCGUACACGAAGGCCCAUCUCGCCACUCAUCCGCGUUCCCCGCGAGUCAGGCCUGUCCGGUCUCCACGGCUGCCCAGCUUGCCUGAUCACGAUGACGAUGACGCCCACACCCCCCACUCGCCCCCGGCACCGUCACACAGCGCUGGGUUCUUGCUCCACGAGGAUGCGGGGCGGCUGGAGCGUCACCAGGUGGACGAGUUGCCGCCCACGUACGAUCCCGAGUGGGAUGAGGAGCGCGAGCGAAGUAGGUCGACGGGGACUCCGGAGGCUACUGCAGAAUGA